AAUGUAAUGUAAAAAUCUAUUUUAUUUAUUUAGUGUAAGUUUUGCUUUCAAACUAUAGCCUUCAAAUUUGAAAACAUCGGAAGAUAAACUAAACUGUUAAUUUCAAAAUGAUAACGGAAUUUUUCGAAAAUACUGAAAUAUUUGUAACCGGUGGAUCAGGUGUAGUUGGCAAAGCUUUAAUUGAAAAACUAUUACGUUCCUGUAACGUGCGUAAAAUAUAUAUUUUGUUACGACCAAAGAAAAAUGUUUCGAUUGAAGAACGUCUGGAAAAGGUCAAAAAGGCAAUGGUCUUCAACCGGCUAAAAUUAGAAAAACCCGAUGAAUUAAAUAAAAAGCUUGUGGCCAUACCUGGUGAUGCUAUUUUGCCAUUUUUGGGUAUUACAGCCGAAUAUCGAAACGUAUUGGAGAAAGUUUCAAUAGUAUUUCACUGUGCUGCCACUGUGCGUUUUGAUGAACCCCUUAGAGAUGCUCUUAAACUAAAUGUGGGUGGCACUCUGGAGACACUUAAGUUCGCAGAAACCUUAAAGCAUUUGAAAGUAUUUUUGCAUGUCUCGACAUUCUUUAGUAAUCCAUACUUGGUGCGCGUGGAUAAUAAACUUUAUGAGUCGCCAAUGGAUUGGAGAUUUUGUUUGAAUUUGGUAGAGAGAAAUGAUAUUUCUGAAGAACAAUUAGACGUGAUUACCAGAAAAUUAAUUGUGGGUUUCCCGAAUACUUAUUGUUUUACCAAAAAUUUGGCAGAGUCUUUGGUAAAUGACUAUAAAGAUAAGUUGCCAGUGGGCAUUUAUAGACCGUCUAUUGUUUUGUUUUCUCUGGAUGAACCGGAACCGGGAUUUUCGCCCGCUUUAACAGGUGCUAUGGGUUUAUUUGCUGUAACGGCGGCUGGUGUUUUAAAGACCAUUUACAAAUCCAAUGAUAUUAGACUAGAUAUUACACCUCAAGAUGUAGGCAUAAAGUCGUUAUGUUAUUACACAGUCCAAACGGCCGAUUUAUAUGAGAACCAAAAAAAUCCCUAUGAAAUACCAAUCUAUAUCUCAUCAUCAUGUACCCAUAGUCAUCUAACAUUUCAGGAGUAUAUUGACAUAAUGGAGAAAUAUGGCUUUUGGGCUGAUGCGGCUUUGGAGAAAAACUUUCUUAUACCGAGUUUACACUGCACCAGUAAUCGAUUUGUGUACUUUAUGUUGGUUCUAUUAAAACAUAUUCUGCCUUCUUUAUUGGUUGAUUUUGUUUUGGUAUUGAGUGGACGCAAACCAUUUCUUAUGCGAGCACAUCGCAAAAUAUAUAAUACUUUGGAAGUUAUGAAACCAUUUGUGUUUAACAAUUAUGAAAGUGAGGGAGCAACGGACGGCCAUGAAAUGAUCGCCAAGUUGAGAGGAACGGAAUUUAAUAUGGAUAGUUUAUCAGGUGGAAACAAUUAUUUAAUAAAUGUGGGAUUUUGUCAUUCGAUGGUGUAUAGCAUAAGGAAGCAUUUGUUUAAGGAAGAUCCAAAAACUUUGCCCAGAAGCAGACAAAUAUUGCAAAUUAAAAUUUUUAUAUACAAAAUAAUUCAAAUAUUAUUUGUUUUUAAACUCUAUGAAAAAUUUGUGCAAUAUAUGGGAUAUCUCAACUCGGAGAGCCUAUGGGAUAAGGUACACUCAGCGAGAGUAUGCUGCGAGGUGAAAGAACAAUUUUAAAAUGGAAACUUUUUAAAGAAAUCAUAUAAAAUAUUCAUAUUCUUUACAUAUUUAGGUAUUUAAGAGGCUUAAAAAUUAAUAAAUACAUACAUAAAAAUAUAAAUAUAUGAGGGGUCGCAUAACAAAAGGUACUUUUCGAUUUUUUUACAAAUUGGUUUUUUGGUAUUUUUAUAAUAUUUGGAAAUCUUCUAGAAAAAAUUUAAUUUUCUAAAAAGUACAUUUUGUUCUGCGACUCCUAAUUUCUAAAUUAAUUGAAAAAAAACAGUCCUUUGCCGACCUGUGUUGGUCUUAAUUAAAGAUACUUCAAGGUAAUGCAGUCGAUAUGUAGUAUCAAUAAUGAGAUGUCAUUGGCAAGAUUUUAGUGGCUUAUUAUUUUUUUAAUUUGAUUUGGAUUUGACACAUAUAAAGAAAUAAAUAAAAUAAAUUUCAUAUUG